AUGGAUGUUUUCUUCAAAGCAGAUGGAGUUACAGGAGUAAGGCGCAUGUUCUAUGCGGCAGCAUCGUUUUUCAUCAUCUCCGUGAUCAUUGAAGAGAUCUACCUGAGAUUCAAAGAUGGCGGAAAAGAAGACAGAUUUGCAGACAGCAUCACUUCCAUGAUAGCUGGCAUGUUUAUGGUUAUAACAGGAUUAUUUACCAAGGCUAUGGAGCUAGGUAUCUAUGUCUACGUCUUUGAGAACUUCUGCAUCUAUGAGCUUCCAUGGGAUAGCCCUUGGACAUGGUUCUUCAGCUUUCUUGGUAUCGAUCUUGGGUAUUACUGGUUUCAUCGCAUGUCACAUGAUCAUCAAGAAUCUGGGACCAUUGGAGUAUGUUCUGAACACGCCAAGUCAUCAUCGUGUUCAUCACGCAUUGGUUAUUUUCUAGGAACAUUUGAGACAGAGAAUGAUAUAGUUGCAUAUGGUCUGGUUCACCCUCUCACCACAUACAAUCCUAUCUCAGUGCAGUUAUGUCAUCUUCAGUGGAUGUGGAGCGUGUUUUGGACUACUCCUGGUCUGAUGAACAAAGUCUUUGUUAUCUUCAAGGGACCAGGUUGGCAACCAGGAAAACCAAGGACUGGACUCAUUGAAGAUAUACCUGAUAUCUGUGGACCUGAACAAAACAAGUACAACACUACAAUCCCAGGAUGGUUGAAAGCCUAUAUCGUGUUUCAUUUUGCCAUCAACUUCUUACUAUUACAGACAUUUAUAGAUCAGUGCAAGGAAUUAUCUCAGCUUCAAGUCUUGAUGGGGAUGGUAUUUGAGAUCUACACCUUCACCUGCAUCGGAAUGCUCUGUAACCUCAAACCAUGGUGGAAUGUCCUAGCUGAGAUGGUACGAUGUGCAGCGGUCUUUACCUUGACUUCCUUAGCUAUUCACCAAGAUGUUGAAGCUGGUGACGCUCUUCUCUUUCUCCAGGUGACCUACGGCCUUUCUGUGCUCUUCUGGUUCCUACGCCCUGGAUCUCGCUGAGACAUCUACAAAAUCAAAAUCUACAUAUAGGGCAAUUAACGGUUCCCAUAACAGUGAUCUGGUAACGCCUUACUCUACCUUUGAGUGAUCAAGGUCUCUCUGUCCUCUUUGGAUUUCAGCGUCGUGGAUCUCCCAGAAAUAUCUGUAAUAUAAGGUCGGUAUACAGUCAAACCUGCUUUAGUGACCACCUGUCUACAAAGGCCACAUUUAUUGUUUCCCCUUAAAAAGGUUUCUCAUUGAAUCAUGCACUAAAGGAACCAGUCUACCAAUACCACCUGUCUUCUAAGGCCACUUUUUGUGUUUCCCUGGGUGGUCGCUAUAUAGACAGGUUUUACUGUAUAGAGCAAUUUUUACACUUACAUUGACCUAUAUAAACUGUUUGUAUGUGUGUUGAGUGUGUGUAUUUACAUAUUUU